GCCGUGGAGAGAGAGCGAGAGAGAGACAGACGCGCGCACACACACACACACACACACACACAGAGUGAGCGAGAGAGAAAGAGAGAGAGCGGAGGAAAAAGCAAGAAAAACAAAGAGUCCGGAGAAGGAACAAGGAGAUAAAAAAAAAAAAGUCGAUAAAAGCAGACUGUGAGAAGGAUCCGGACAAGCGACUGCUGCGCAUCAAAGGAGGAACCUUACCAGGGACCUUAUUGGAGACCAGCGCCAACAAAACCGGACUCCGGAGGCGGAAUAUAACGGUGACUCUCCAGAGCUCCUCUGCCCUCCUGAGGAUUCAGUGAGACAGGUGGAUCUGUGCGCCCGACCAUGGCCAUCCCAUCAGCCCCCUCCGCAUUAUGGAGUGUCAGCUUAUUGACAGUACUAUUUGCAGCUGCGGUUCACAGCAACAUUGUCUAUGACGACGACCCCUUGCAGCCAGUGACCUCCGAUGAGACGGUGUCCGUGGGGGGCACGGUGACACUGACCUGCCGGGUGGCCGAGAGCGACAACUCUUCACUGCAAUGGUCCAACACUGCGCAGCAGACCCUGUACUUUGGAGAGAAGAGAGCUCUGAGAGAUAACCGCAUCCAGCUGCACCGCUCGACAUCCACCGAACUUUCCAUCACCAUCGCUGAAGUGCAGCUGGCCGACGAGGGCGAGUACACCUGCUCCAUCUUCACGAUGCCAGUCCGCACUGCCCGAGCCACAGUCACCGUGCUAGGUGUGCCUGGUAAACCUCAGAUCUCAGGCUUUGAGAAUGCAGUGCAGGAGGGGGGCAAAGUCACCCUGACCUGCACCAGUACUGGCAGCAAACCCCCCGCCAUGCUGCGCUGGUACAGAGGAGACCAGGAGCUGGAAGGACGUCCAGACGUGGUGGAGUCCGUUCCAGACGAUCCCACAUACAACGUGAGCAGCGAGCUCACCCUGGAGGUGAGCCGCAGUGAUGACAACGCCCUCAUCACCUGCGCCGUCGACCAUCCCUCUCUCGCCCCGGGGGACAAGAGGAGCGAGCAGGCUCUGCGGGUGUUGUAUUCUCCUAACGUGCAGAUCCAGCCUGAGAGUGAUCUGCCUAGAGAGGGAGAGAAGUUUCAUCUUCAGUGUUCAGGCAACAGCAACCCCGAGCCCACCUCCUACGUGUGGGAGAAGAAGGAUGGAGAGCUCCCCCCACUGGCCAAAGUUGACGGUGCUUUCUUGCGCUUCGAGAUGCUCAACAAAUCAGAUAACGGUGUCUACCUUUGCCACGCUGACAACGGCAUUGGACAGAGCCAGGGAGAAUACACACUCCUGGUGCAAGGAGAUGCUGGGGACAACAGUGCAGACCCCACAGCCAUGUCGACCUCUUCGGGGGUGGACCACGCCGUGAUUGGAGGGGUGGUGGCUGUUAUCGUCUUCAUCCUGCUCUGCCUUCUCAUCGUCCUCGGCAGAUACCUCAUCAGACACAAAGGAACGUAUCUGACCCACGAGGCCAAGGGCUCGGACGACGCCCCCGACGCCGACACGGCCAUCAUCAACGCAGAAGGAGGCCACUCCGGAGCAGAGGACAAGAAAGAGUACUUCAUCUAGAUUGAGGAUGGAGCGGUGGAGGAAAGGAACGGGAGGAGGAGGAAAGGAUGGAGGACAUGUAUAGAGGGGAGGAGUGAGGGAGGGGGAAACCUCCAUUUGUUUUCACAACGCUUCAGUUCUUCACUCUGUUGGAGGGAUGAUGGGAGGGGAAGGGAGGGAAAGAACUGUGGGCAGGAUAAAGCGAUGAGUUGAGCUUCAACUGGUACUACCCUUUUUGAAUUGAUACAGGGAAGUGAGAUUUUGCACUGAUAUAUGGACGAACUGAAGUUACACACUCAAAAAAAAAAACAAAAAAAAAAACAGACACACAAAAACAUAAAUGCAUACUGUACAUGAGUCAGUUUUGGGGGAAGCUCUUCUCACACAGACUCGAAUGCUCGUAGAUGCUCAGAUUAACAAACAGGAGCCUCCUACUAACAUGUCUGAAUUAUUUCCCGGAUGGCACAUUAACACAUUUCUAAAUGUCAGCAACUCGAAAAAGCAAAAUUGUAAACCCACAUUCCUGACAUCCCAAGCUGAUACUUCACUUCUCACACCACGCCAGCCUGUUGCCUCAACAUUUAAGCCAAGCCAGCUCUGUCUUUUCACGUUUGUGUCCUCAUUCUCUCCAUCUAACAAGGCAGUAUCCCUCUGUAAACAUUCUAGUGGCAGAGAAAUCCAUCUAAAACAAAUUAUGACUGACGAACAUAAUCUCCCUCUCUCACAGUUUAAUCUUUUUAUGCCAUCAAACCUCUUCCUGUCCUCACAAACCCUGGUACGAGCCGUUCCCACAAUGCAGCACCACACAACUUGCAACUCAAAAUAGCAUUCCCACCUUGGCUACCAAGCCAAGGGGCUCCAGUAUACAUAUAUAAAUAUAUAUAUAUAUAGAAUUAUAUAGCAUUCUUUUUACUUGACAGAAAAUGUUUGGUGUGCUGUAAAUACACUCUCUCUCCUCUUUCUACCUUCUAUCUCUCCUUCUUCUCUCCCUCUUCUCUUUCUCUCUUUCUCUCGUACACUCUGUUACUGCAUUACAGUAACUUAUAUACUCUAAAAAAACGCCUGCCUGUUUUUAUUACAUGCGUGGAAAUGCAGAGUCGAAACUAUCACUAUCUGGGUAAAAAAAUAUAAAAAUAACGACGAUGAUGUUGCGAGUAAAACUAACCUUAACUGCAAAUAUUUGUAUGAGGAACGUUUCCUUCCUUUGUUCUUGUUCUUUUAUUCCUUUUGGUUUUUCGGGGACUUACAGUAUGGGAGAUUUUCUCUCCUCAGUGUCUCAGUGUGUUACUGUCAGUGUUUACAGUGUCUGUCGAUUUGUCAGUACAGGAGUCCAUAAAUCUAAUUUCCGACUUGUAAUUUGAUUUUUUGGGGGAUCAUGGUUUUGAUGCUAUUGGUUGAUUUACUUAUCCCCCCCCCCCAGCUUUGUCGGCCCUCUGCUCCCAAACACUAAACUGUAGCAAAACCUUGAUUCGAACACAGCUUCGAAAGGUGUCGUAGUGUUUGUUGGGAGUUUCCCUGGACUAUCACUGCCCAGUGCAUAUGGACCGCUGUGGUCAUCCUUCCACCGUGCCCCUCCACCGUCUUUCUCCCUGCAGCAGACAGCUUGUCUUGGCGAGACCACCUGGCGCUAAAUUCAUUGAGUAGUGAUGUCAUGACUUCCUCUAAGAAGCUGGCACGGUUGCUCCUCUGGGAGGUGAAUAUGCUGGCUUGCUUUCCACUACAGGGCCAGACAGGACUGCCUACAUGCAUAAUGACAAACUUCCUGGCAAAAAAACCCCCAACUUUCUGUUAUUGUUUUUUUUUUUCUGUGUGUGUGUUAUUGUGAGCAGGAAUCAUUCGCCAGCUUAGCAAAAGGUUCCCAUAAAUGAACGGUGUUUUAUCAAGGUUGGGAGUUCACUUUGGCAUUGGCAAGCUCCACUUGGCCCGGUCGUGGAAAUUGAUUGCAAUCUAACUAAGAGGCUCUGGGCUCCAGGCUGUUCAUAUGCCAAGGUUUGGCUUGGUGGGCAGGGUGCCGAGCCGGAGUCUGGGCUGCACUAACACUACAGAAAGUCAUUUAGGAACUUAAAUGUCCUCUUCUCUUUUUUUCCCCCUCCGCUCCGCUCGUCCAUUUCUUUUCAUUCUUUAAUCAAUCAUGCUGUCUGCGUCCUGAUCCACCUUCACCCGGUCUCUCCUCAUCACUCCUUCCCCCUCGUCUCCCCCCCUCCAUCUCUGAUCGAUGUGCGAUUCUCCUUGCUGGUCUCUCUCUCAUUCAUGCGUCCAUGUAAACAUACAGUAGAAGUAGCGCCUCUAGGUUUGCAGGCGUGCGCUGAUGACUCUCUGCAGCACUCUUUGGAAGUGUUUUGGAGAGGAAUCCAUUUGCUGUUGUCAGCCUACCUGUAGACAGUUAUGUCUGUGAUAGUUUUUGUACAGCCUUUUUGGGAACGUUCAGGGAUUGUGCUUUUCGUACCUAUCCCGCAUUGUCGUUAACUGCUACCUAGCUAGCUGCUUUGGAGCCAAGUGGCCCGGCUAGUGUGUCUAUAAGCUAGCUAUACUACAAAGGGUGAGGCUACCUGAAGCAGGGUCAGCUGUUUAUUUUCUGUUUUUUUUUUUCUUCUUAGAGCUCUUCUUUGGAAUUGGGGAGGCUAAUAAGUUGACACUGUAGAAAACUUGGCUCAAACGGUGUUUAAAUUCUGUUGCAGACUGUUUGGACAUUCACCAGACAGCUUUAAACAAACCAAGAUGAAGAUUUGGAAGAUUUCAGAAUGCUGUUUAUCUCAUGUUUGCUCCGCAGCACUCUUCAGCUUUUCACAGGAUUCAUGUCUGCAGACCAGAGGAUGGGCUUUGUCUCACAGAGUUUACUGUCAUGAGUAACCUUUGAUUUCUGUUCAACCCCAGUAAUUCUGCUCAGUGGUAUGGAGAGAGGAAUACCUGUCUCACACUCAACAAAGUGUAGUGUUAUUGAAAAACCAAUGGACCUGUAUUUGCCUGUAAUUUAUCGUCCUGUCCUUCGUCUUGGUUAAUGUGCUAGCAUGUAGCUUGCAUGAGGAACAGUUUGAAAUGUAGAUAGUGUUGGAGAUGAGUAGUGCCGACAAGCUUCUCUCCUGAGACAAGAGUGGUGGUCUGCCCUACUGACCCCGCUGCUGUUCUCUGAUCUGCAAACAUAGGCCGUGUCCCAGUUAAACCCGCCUAUACCUCCUGAACACUGCAGUCCUCUGAAUAACACUGAGAAAACUGAUGAAGUAGGGCUCUUCCCAAAUACUGCUACAUUAAAAACAUGUAGGGGUACAAUGGCGCUGAAUUGGGACAUGCAGUCAGUCUAAUUCAUAUUUCAUUGCAUCAGUGCAGUAAUGACUAGCUGUCACCAGAUGCCAGCAAACCGCAGCUUUUCUUUUUCUCUCUUCAGUCCGGCCGAGCUGUCCUGCUGCACCACUUGACUCUCACCAACUCCUCUUCAAGCAGUCGCACACUAGCUGCCAGUCAUCUCUUUCCUUUUUUGUAGUACAAACAAAUUGAUUUUUAAAUUAUGUUUUGUAAAAGGUGUGCAUAAUCUUAAAUGUGUUACUUUCAGUUCAAUCGAUAAUCAUUUUCUUUUUUUUAAAUUAGAUUUUCCAAAACUUGAAGGUUAGAAAUUCCGUUUUUGCAUACUUUAUUGUUUCAACAACCAUUUUUAUAUAAUUUCAUGUAUAUAGUGUUGCCUUUACUGGAUACUCUUACAAGCGCACCUAUACACACUUUGCACACACACUUUGCAUACAUACACAUCCACACACAUAUCUGGAUAUGCACGGCAGGCAUGAUGUCUGUGAAUAUGGCGUACUUGUACAUAUGUGUGUGUAUGUGUGUUUGUGUCUGAGUGUGAGGUGUGUAUUAUUUGACUCAAACAGACUCCGGAGACACUCUUACAUGUGUUGCAUUCAUAAAAACUUUAUUAUCUCAAUGACUAAAACAAUGUCCAUGUUCUUAGGGUUAUAAUUUUGGAUGACAAGUCUUCCUUUUCGAUAAAUAUCCAUAUCACAUGAGAAUAGUGCUGUCAUGUAUGUUAAUUUGUACAAUGGCUGAUGAUGUCAUCGAGGCGAGACCCAACCGCAUGCUGUGGUGGGUUUUGCGUCUGUUGGCUGUUAUGUUCAUACAGUAUUUGUUUAUUUUAUUUAAUUUUUUUGUUAAAAUACCGGUUCAGUUGUUGACUUCAAUAAACAUGCAUUUGGGUUAAUUUCA